AUGUCUGGUAACCUGUUCAAACUCACUGUGAAUGAGCACCUCGAGGGACUCCCAAAGGUGAUCCAGUCCAAGUUGUACGAUGCACCUGCCACAUGUUUGUCUAUCUAUCGAUUACUUCCUCCUUUGGCCAAGUUCUACAUAGUUACCAUGUUAUUCAACGAAAAACCCGUGGCUGUUAAGGACUUGGAGAAAUGGUGCCAGCCACAAGCACGAAAAUUCCAAUAUGAGUCUCUUAAGCGAUUGCGUGCGUUGCAUUUGAUCGAGGAAGAUUCCAGUGGAACUCAUAUACGUCUCCAUCAAACAUUCCGGAAUAACUUUCGUGAUUGUCUUACUGGCUCCCAGGCAUCCAAUGCUUUUGGAAAAAUUGCCACCAUCGCAGACAAAAGUCCCAUUGAUGUGAAGUUUUUGGACCAGUUCGCAUCCCAGAAAUGGGAAACCAUCUUGCAUUUCAUGGUCGGUAGUGACCUACCUGAGGUUCCAUCGAGACCUGUACUUUCCUUGCUUAAACUGGGCGGUCUAAUGGAGGGACCAGGCACAUCUGCAAUCAACUUGAAAAUCACGAACAGUGGAUUUCAAUUUUUAUUGCAAGAUGUCAAUGUUCAAAUCUGGACCAUAUUAUUGGAGUACUUGAACUUGGCUCUGGAUCUCAACAUGGACCCAGUCGAUGUGCUCAAUUUCAUCUUCAUUCUUGGCUCAUUAGAGUUGGGCAAAGCGUAUUCCAUCUCUGACUUGAGCGCAACCCAAGUGAGCAUGUUGCCUGAUCUCAGAGAUUACGGACUUGUUUAUCAACGAUCUGAAAGCUCUUCUCGUUUCUACCCAACCAGGUUGGCCACAACAUUGACAUCCGAGUCUACAGGACUCAAGACUCCAUCCAUGGCCUUAGACCAAGCUCUCCAGGAUUCUGGGAAGACUCUGGAUCAAGCUGAAGGCGGUGACUCCCAAAGAGGUCAAAUCAUCUUGGAAACUAACUUCAAACUUUACGCAUACACGAACUCGCCGCUUGAAAUAGCUAUCUUAAACUUAUUUGUCAGUAUGAAGACUCGAUUUGCCAACAUGGUGACGGGUCAGAUCACUCGUGAGUCCAUCAGAAACGCACUUUACAAUGGUAUCACAGCAGACCAAAUUAUCAGAUUUCUAGAGACACAUGCACAUUCGCAAAUGAGGAUUCUUGCCAAAGAAAAAUUGGAUAAAAAAAUUGAAUUUGACGCCAGUCAUAACAUUAAUACAGCUGGUGGAGCUCCACAGUCGAAAUCAACAGAUGCGGGAGUUGCUCAGCAUCGUUUGGAAAUCUUGCCUCCGAAUGUAGUGGAUCAAAUCAAGCUUUGGCAAUUAGAGCUCGACCGUAUCCAAACUUUCGAAGGUUAUCUCUUUAAGGACUUCAAAGACCAAAACGAAUAUGAUGUGUUGUGCAACUAUGCCACUGAAGUUGGAGUGCUACUUUGGUCAGAUAAGUCGAAGCUUCGAUUCUUUGUCACUGCGGAUGGUAUGUCUCAGGUCGCAGACUUUGCCAGUCGCAAGUUUCGGUGA